CAUAGAAUAAUGAUGAUGAUUAAACACACAGAAAAGUAAAAAGUGGUGGUCGCAUCUGCAUUUCACCACAUUUGGGAGUGUCUAAUUGCAAUAAUGGAAACAUAACAGAGUAUCAAAAACAAAUCAACGCGCGUUGUUACACGUUGGCAGCAAAUCGAAGAUGAUAAAGGGUGUAAUAUUGAUGAACGAUAAGGGCAAACCCCGUCUUGUCAAAUUCUACGAUUAUCAUCCUGCAGAGAAGCAGCAAGAGUUGAUUCGAAGACUAUAUGGAGUUUUAUCCAGUAGAGCAGAAGAUGUAAGCAAUUUCGUCAAGGUUGACUCCCUUUUUGGACCGGAUACUCGGCUUGUGUACAAGACUUAUGCCACACUACAUAUUUUAUUCAUAUUUGACAGCUCAGAGAAUGAGCUUGCAAUGCUUGAUCUCAUGCAAGUAUUUGUGGAGGCAAUGGACAAGUGUUUCAGUAAUGUACGUGAACUUGAUAUAGUAUUCAAUUUCAACAAGGUGCAUGCUAUAUUAGACGAGAUCAUUUUGGGAGGUCAAGUUCUUGAGACAAGUUCCUCAGAAGUGGUGAAGGCUGUGGAAGAAAUCUCUAAGAUGGAAAGGGCUGCAAAUUCACUCAUGGCAGUUCCAUCAAUAACUGGCUGGCAAGGUCGAUAGCACAUGUUGACUGUGGUAAGUUCUGUAGGACAAUUCAGAUAAUCAAUCCGUCAGCGAGUAAUGAUUGAACACUGGUACCAAAUUUGGUUGCAAAUGAUGCUGGCAAUGAUCAAUGAACUGGCCACUGUAUUUGUCAACCAAGUUAUUGAACUAUUACUUUUUGGUGCUUGAAAUUUCUGCACAAGAGUUUUCGGAGUGCUACAGAGCACGGCAGUUGAACAAUUCAUCUUUUUUCUACGUAGUUGUGAUGUUCCAAGUUUUAACCUAUUUGGAGGAAAAAUGAAAAUAGAAGUUUCUUAAGUGAAUAUAAUAAAGUUUGUAGUGCUUCUA